AAACAAAAUGCUUAGCCUUACAGUCUGUGCGGGUGACCACGCUAAUUCUUUUUACCGUGAACAUAUUGUUUUUCAACCUGCGAAGAAUCACAGUUCUUCCACUAUGAACAUAUCACAAGAUGUUUGGUGUGUGUGGAUGAGCAGUAGGCUCCCUUGUGCCCCAAGGAUACUCUCCCCUCAAACUAUUCCAAUAGUCUCCGACCAACUAAGCAUGGGGAAAACGUUUGAAUCCCAUACACGGCUACACCAAACACGGUACUGCAAGUAAAAUAUUCCCGCCAUGGCCGCUCUGAUCCUUGUUAAACUCUAAGCUCCAACCUCACAUCCCCCACUACCGCCUCCAUUCGUAAGCCCCGAACAAUUAACGCUUGCCAGACUAGAUUAACUCCACAUUUCCGCCAUGGCCGCUGCAGCUCCAAGCUCCGCGGGCCUGUCUCUAUGGGCCGGCUUCGUGGAGGAAUCCCUGAUCCUGCCGGGCCGGAACCCGGGGCUGUUCCUGCGGGCCGUGGCGCUCAUCUUCGCCCACACCUUCGUCUUCCUCUCCCUCGCCGUCCGCUCCGCGCACCCCGCCGCCGCCGCCCUCCUCUCCCUGACCGCGACGGGCGCGCCGCCGCCGCCCUCCUGGAGCCGCUACGCGCUCCUCGAGGACGACGAAGGAGACUACUACCCGGAGGCGACCAGCGGCAAGGUUCUGUACCACGGCAAGACGCUGCUCCUCUUCUACCUCGCGUACGUGGGCAGCAAGCUCGCCACGCAGGCCGCCGUCGCGCUCGCCGCCUCCGCCACGGCGCGGUUUCCCGGGAGGCCCCUCGUGGUCAUCGUCGUCCGCGGGCCCCGCCUCCUCGCCACCGCCGCCUUCCUCGCCGCCGCGGAGCUCGCCUCCACGGCGCUCCUCGCCGCGUGCGUCGCGGCCUGGUGGUGGGCGUGCUCCGGCAAUGGCGCCGUGGCGUCGUUCGUCUCCGGCGUCCUGCUGUUCGUCCUCCUCCUCGGGGCCCUCGCCCGCCUCUGCCUCGCCGCGGCCGUCCCCGUGGCCAUCGCCGCCACCGCCGCAUCGUCGUCAGAGCCGGAAGUCGGCGGCGGCGGCGCAAGCGAUCUGCGGCGGGCGUGGCGGCUGAUGUCCGCGAGGAAGCAGGAGGCCGCCGUGCUGGUGGGCGCGGCGAGCCUGCUGCCUCUCGUCGUGUACCCGGUGUACGCUAUCGCUCUCGUCUGGGGGCCGGGGGACUCCGUGUGGGAGCUGCUGGGAAUGCUGCCCGGGUACCUCUUCCCUUCCGUCACCGUGCAGCUCUACUCCGCCGUGGCCGCCGCCGUCUUCUACCACCGGUUCAGCCAUCACGCUGCCAUUCCGUUCACCACCACGAAAGCUAUACUUAUCUAGCUGACCCUGCACUCUCUGGGACUCUGUAAUGAUCUUGACCUCUUGAGUUUACCAUGUACUCCAGUCGGAUUUGCCUCUGAAAUUCAUUUCGAAAUGUUUUUUCUUUCUUAGAUAUAAAAAAGGGCUUUUCCACACUAGAAUGAAACGAUACUAACGCUUACACAA